AAAAAAGUGUAUUGCGCCGACGUCAUAACAACCGAUAAUAACAAACUUCACUCAGUACCGCAGCACGUGUGCUUUGUUUAUAUCAUUUUAAAAUUACCUUCCCAAUUAUUAUAUACAAAUAUUAAACGGAUUUUUUUAUUUCAAAUGGAUAACAUGGACACUGGAGACUAUUUCGAGAGUUACGAGGAUUUGGAUAUACACCAGAUUAUGCUCAAAGACAGUGUAAGAAACAAAGCAUAUAAACAAGCUAUUGAAGACAAUGAGGCGUAUAUAAGGGGCAAAGUCGUAUUGGAUGUGGGAGCUGGUACAGGGAUACUUUCGGUCUAUUUUGCUAAAGCAGGUGCAAAAAAAGUAUAUGCAGUCGAGGCUAGUAACAUGUACAGAAUUGCAGAAGAGAUUGUCAGUGAAAAUAACCUAGCAGAUGUAGUACAGGUGAUUCAUGGUAAGAUAGAAGAUAUAGUAUUGCCAGAAAAAGUAGACAUUAUUGUGUCUGAAUGGAUGGGCUUCUACUUAUUCCAUGAAGCUAUGUUACAUUCAGUCAUAUAUGCAAGAGACAAGUUCCUAAUUCCUGGUGGUCUGAUGUUUCCUGAAUCUGCAACUCUGUUUGCAGCACCAUGUAGCGUUCCCGGUAUGUACGAAUUUUGGGAUGAGGUCGAUGGAAUUCAGAUGAAAUCAUUCGCCGAAAAGUUACGCAACAAGGCCUACGAAAAGCCCAUUACCGACCUGGUGGACCCCGAAAAUGUGUUAGCAGAUCCCGAAAUAGUUUCAUGGUUGGAUUUGCGAGAAGCUACCUACGACGAAAUCAACAAUAUCCGCAUGCAAAUGUUGUCGGUAGCAAAUAAGGAGGGUGUCUACCAGGGUAUUUGCUUAUGGUUUACUGUUACAUUCCCCUCACAUGAAACAGAGCCUGUAACUCUGUCAACUGAACCAGAAGAUGCUCCCACACAUUGGAAACAAACCACCAUUGUUUUACCUACUGAAAUCAAAAUUGAAAGUGGAUCUCCGAUAGCAUACGAAUUAUAUUUGACGAGGGCUGAGGAUAAUAGCAGACAAUAUAAAAUUGAAGUUACAAUGUUGGAUCCUGAUACCGUAGAGCAUCCAGAAUUCUGUCAGUGUCACAUGACUAAAUGCAUUCUCUUCCGUGCUGUUCUAGACAAAUAUGAAAAGGAAAAUCAAGAGAUGGAGAGCGUUGAAGCUUUAGAAGCAAAAUAAUCAAAUUUUUCCUUAUAUAAGCACUAUCUAAAUUUUCGUAACUUCGAUGUACCGCAUUAGAAGUAAACGUACUUUUUAUCAGAAUGGGAAGAUGUCACAAAGUUGGCUGUAAAUUUUCUGUUAUUUAUAUUGUAUAUUUUUUGUACAUUUAUGAAUCGUCAAAUAAAAAGAAUCUAUUAUUUAA